CCUACGUGCACUCAACAUGGCAGCAGACAAGCAGAGAAGGGAGGCGAGCAAGAGAGAAGAGAGAGAGGGAGGAGAGAGAGAGGAAGGCAGCCUGCUGCUGUCAGGGAAUAUUGGUGCCAUUUUCAGCAUCGCAGGGUGAAAGGAUUGAGCCUCGCCGCCGUACGCUUGGCUCGGCUCGCCUCUGCUUGGCUCACCUCUGCCCAGACCGGCUGAACAAGAAGGGAAUAGGAGGAAGGAGGGGAGAACGGCUGACCCCUCCUAACACAGAUUUCCAAACAACAACCUCAUCUUGUUACGGAGGGGACACAUUUAAAGGAAUUUGCUUCCUGCAACCAUCAUACUCAACUGAUUGACGGCAAGGAGCAACGGGGGAGGAACUCAACACCCCCUCCCCCUCCCCCUUCUUCCUGUUUCACUUCACCUCCCCCUCCCGUUCAUGCUACAGACGGAGUGAGUUAUGCAGUCCUUCCGUGAGCGCACCAGUGGUUACCACAGCAACCAGCCCUGCUAUCAGCAGGAGCCCCAUGAAUUAUCUCGCCUGGAGACCUACAGACAACACCCACAUCAUCCCCAUCCGCAGCAUCCACACCCCGGCCCUGGUCCACAUCCCGGCCCUGGCCCAGGGCACAACAGGUCAGGCUAUGAUGGUAUGUCUAACACAGCAAACGUGCCAACAGGUGGAGCAGCUGGAAUUGGAGGACCCAAGGACUGUUACAGCCAACAAAACUAUUCUGGGUACCCAGGAAAUACUGGGGGCAGUGGAAAUGGAAAUGGGGGUUCACCGGCCUCACAAGCAAAAAAAUCCUUUAGAGGAAGCAAAGUUCCCCCUCCAAACCCUGGUCAGCACCUGCAGGGGCCCGGGGGCUAUAGUAAUCACAUGGGCCCAGGAAAUUAUUCUGCCCAGUAUAUGAGUGAGGGCCAUCUCCAGCAGAAGUGGGAUGACCCUGCACAGAUAGCACAGUAUGAACAGGAGAUGGUGGGUCGACUUGAAGCUGGUGCUUCCCCUGCCACUGGCUCCUCCCACUAUAUGGACUCAAACAUGUUGGGGCACUCCCAAACCCCGUGCCACCAGCCCUCAACCCCAAGUUAUACAAGUCCACACCACCAUCCCCAUCCUCCUAACCCUGCCCCCUCACCUCUCAUGUACCCCCAGAGUCACCUACACUACCCUCAACCCUCUCCCUCUCCAUCCCCAUACAUGGAAAAAUGCAGUCCUAUGCCCCAGUGUUUUAAAGGCUACAACAUACCUCCAAGUUCUCAGUAUAGCAGACAGCUUAGUAGUCAUAGCAGUCUAAAGCAGGGGGGCUACAGGUCAACACAGAAUAGCUAUGGGUACCAGCAGCCAACACCCAGAGGUUAUGAGCAACAGACUUCUUUACAGGCAAUGACCAACCCCCAAGAACCACACUCUAAAUACCAACACUACAACCAAUCUCAGCAAAAUUAUUGUCUUUCGGAGCUGCCUGUCAGAUCUCCAGAACAGUACUAUCAGACUUGUAGCCCCUCCUCAAGCCAUUCGCCUGCUCGAUCUGUUGGGCGCUCACCUUCGUAUAGUUCCACCCCUUCACCACUAAUGACCAAUCCAGAGUCUUUCCAGUAUGGACAGCCACCAAUGACACCUGGAGCAGCCUCCUCCUCAUCAUCUUCUUCAACUGGUAUGCAAGAUCAAGCCAGUGCAAACACCAUGCUGAUGCCCCCAAGGUCUCACCCUUCGCCCAACAUAUCCCACACAGCAUCCCACAGCUAUACUACUACACUACAAGCACCUACAAUGAAAGAGCGCUUCUCAGAAAAGCUGUUAUCAAAUCCCAGCUUGUGGAGCCUGAACGCUCUCACCUCCCAGGUGGAGAAUAUCUCCAAUAAUGUCCAGCAACUUCUGCUUUCAGAGGCGCUGGUUGCAAACAAGAAAGGCAAUAAACGCAGCAGUGGUGGGAGCAAUGGCAGCACUGGAAGUGGGGUAUCUAAUAAGAAGGGUGAAGAAUACAAAAGUCCUCCAUAUCCAGAAAGUGGUGGUAGUGUGAGUGGUGGCCCAAUGCAUGAACCUUACUCUACCCCACAACACCAGCCAUUGCCUAUGGAACUCCAUGAAGGCGGUUAUUCCAGCAGUAGUGAUGAACCAUUGGACAGAGGCUACUAUUACUUUGGCCAGGGCAGAAGUCCAGCCCAAGCCCUUAACAAUACGCAACUAAGUCUGGACACAGCCUCAUCUUGCUCAAUUGCUUCUCCAGAUGAUAUGUCCACCAGAUCUGGAGAUUCAGGUCUGCACAACCUUACUCCUGAUCCUAUAAGGUGUCAGGCAGGGCAAGGAGGAGAUGGCAUGAAUACCCCUGUGAAAAGUAUCAGUGAUGAGAGGUCUCCAACAAGCAUCACAAUCUCCAGCCCUAUGAAACUAGAAAGGGAUUCCCCAUCACAUAUACAGCAUAUCAAUCAACCUGUAAAAGAGAACUUUGAAGAAUCAGCUUGGACAGAAAAACCUACUGAAAAGGAAGAGGAAGCCGUAGAAAAAACUCUUGACUUCAUAAGUAAUACACACUCAACUAACCACUCAGAGAAGCAAGAGAAAUGGAGAGAUGAUGAAAAAUGCCCAACAUUCUACAGCAAAAUAAACACAGAUAUGGCAGGAAAAAACUAUUGCUAUGAGGAUGAAAUGUACCAAGAGGUUCAGAGCAAAUAUGAUUCAGACGCAAGAGACUCUAUUGAACAAUCCCCAGCUAAUCUCUCUGAUUCCAGUAACAAGGAUAAUUUCAGUCAAGAGAUGAAGUCAGAGGCAUUCAAAUCUGAAUCUCCAACCGCAUCUGAGAGCUCUGUGAAAACUUUGCCUUUCAUUUCAAGAGGGGACCUUGAACAAGAUCAAUAUUCCACAGAGAAAGACGACAGUUCAGCAAACACCUCUCCAACCCCCCAAGCUGAAGUCCAGGAAGAGUGCAGUAGUGACAAGGAGAGCAGAAAUCAAGAGAAUGACAAAGAGUUAGUUGAGGAAAGGGGAGAAGAUAAGACAAAUGAAGAAGAGGAAGAAGUUACUGAGAAAAGUUCUAUUUCACAGGUUUUAUCUGGAGAAAUUAGGAAUGAUGUUAAAGAAGGAGAAAAAGAAGGCUGUUCACUUAAUGAAGAUCAAACAAAUGAUGGAGACAUCCAAGGGAGUUCCUCUGAAGAUCACUACAGCAGAACAGAAAGUCACAAUUUAACACUCCAUACUGACAGUGAUUUUCCCGGGGGGCAUGGCCAUCUAAAUGCUGCAGCAGCAACAACAGCGACAGAUGCUUCAACAAGGGAAUCAGCCAUUGGCGACACAGCACCUCAGCCACAGUCUGCUAUGCCAGUAUUCUCUGCUCUCAAUGACAAGGCAGUUCCUCCUGCUCAAACUAGAGAUCAUAUUGAUCACAGUGAUGCUAAGGUUCUGGAGCCAGACUCUCCUCAGCUGCCAGGGAAGUCAAUACUGCCCUCUGCUCCUUCCUGGGCUGACACUCCACCAUCUCCUCAAAAAGGUGAUGAUGAUAUAGAACCAGGCAUAAGUUGUGCCAGUGCUGUGACACCACAGGCAAAACCAGAGCCUAUGUUUCCAUCUGCUCAGCCAAGGACUUAUGGUCGCAAGCACGCUAGAGGACGAAGGAAAGCAAUACAUUCCGGUGUGGCAUUAAGGCGACAACUAAGCUUAAAGAAGCAGGAAGAAAAGGAGGAUGAAGAAACAAAGAACGCACAAAAAACAAGCAUGCCUCCAAGCAAGACUGCUUUAUUCUCCGAUCAAACUAAUCUUGCUCUUCAGGAUUCUAUUGCGAGCCAGAAUCCUAAGAUACUGUCAGAUGGUUUUCAAUCGAGGAUGUGCACUCGCUCAUUUAAUGCUGCAGAUAUGCAAGCAAAAGUCGAACCUAAUGUAAGGCGAAAAGCAGGUCCCAAACCUGGAUCUAAGCCAGGCCCAAAACCAAUUGCAAAGCCAGGGCCAAAACCAGGUUCUAAAUCUGGUCUUAAACCAGGUCCAAAACCUGGACCUAAACCUGGGAAAAGGAUAGGACAAAAACUUUCACCUAAUGAAUCACACAUCCCCUUAAAAAUUGAAACAGCAGCGAGACAAAAACCAGGGCCUAAACCAGGUUUAAAGCCCGGAGCAAAACCAGGACCAAAGCCUGGAUCUAAACCUGGACCAAAACCAGCCCUAAGACCGGGUCCAAAACCUGGGAUUAAGCCUGCUGAGGUUUUGACCUCCACUGAUGCUGCACCCGUCAAAGCUCCAGUUGGUCGCCCCAGGGGCUCAAUUUCAAAAGCUAAAUUGAUGGACCGGGAAGAUUUAAGACAAGUCACAGAAAAGCAAAGCAGGACUAGAAAAGCUCUAAAAACUACAACGCUCCAAGACGACAAGGAUGUAAAACCUACACCAGAAGAAAAACGAACUUCCACAGAAAUUAAGAUACCAGAAAAGGAAAAUAACAAUAUGGUGUUAAGAUCUAGAAAGCCAUCACAAGACAAACGAACAAAAGAAAAAGAGCGGGAAGGGGAAGGCACUCAAAUCCAAAUAACAACAGAAAAUAAAUUCAGUGAAGUUUCUUUAAAUGUAGAGGAAGUCGUAGUGGAAAAAAUUGUAAAUCCAAACCCUGAUACCAGGAUAAAAACUGAUGUUUCGAUUGACGAACCUGCUCUACCUGUAAUGACAAUUCUAUCUGAGGGGUCUAAGGAAAAAUCACGACCUAUUCUGAAGCGGAAAUCUAGCCCAGAAAUCUCUACAACACCUGUGAAAAAGAAGAGAGGUCCAAAGCCCAAGCUAAGAAAUUUGCCACAUCAGCCAGUUUUGUUUGAGGAGACUCUACCCACUCCCAAAGAGAAGAUUGUCCCUGGUCCCAGAAGAAAGCGAGGACCAACAAGGAAAUCUUCUCUGGUCACAGAGGAAGCUUCCCCAAAUAGCUGUGGAUCUAUGAACAGUGAUCUUCCUGUGAUUCCUCCUCAAUGCCCCACUAAAACAAAAGUUCUUCCGCCACGCAAAGGCAGGGGACAGAAAUAUGAGGCAAUGGUACAGAAGAUCACAUCGCCUAGCUCAAAGAAACACCUCCCCACUACCCAACAAGACAAUUGUCUAAGUGAGGAUAUCACUUCAAAAGCUUUUUCUGAAUUUGUCCUUAGGGAAGGUGGGACCUCUGUUCAAACAAAUUACACUGACACAACAGAUUUCACAAAAGAGGAAAUGAAACAGCAAGAAGGAGGUCUUGCAAUCGAAAAUGUAUCACAACAAAGUGAAAAGCAUGAACUAAGUCUAGAGGAAUCAACAAUAGAUAUAUUGAGACCGUUAUUGGAAGAUGAUGUUACAAAUACGAAUGAAAGACAACAGGACACAGACAAAGGUAAACCAGAAACCAAGAUGGAUCUUGUUGACUAUGAGGCUUUGACUUCAGUAGAGACAUCAAUAGAAGUUGCAGCUUUGGCGGAGAGGACAGAACAGGCCUCUGAGAUUGUUUUUACUGGUGCCACAAAGUCUGUCAGAACUAAGAGAAAGAGAUGGGCAAUGGUGGAGAGUACAGAUGCAUCAGUAGUAGCCUUGGAAGCAGACAGUCUCAUAAUCACAACGCCAAGGCUUGCAAAGCAGAGAGCCAUUAAAAACAACCAUGAAAUGCACCUUAAACAGAGGAGGAAGAAGAGAAAGGGGGAGGCAAAUUUAGAGGAAACUGGGACAGUAGCUGAGACAAAUGCAAAAGAAACACCACAACCUCUAGAAAAGAUAGAGGAGAAGGUGGCCAUCACAGAGUCCACAGAACCUCUACCAACUAGCCAGGAUAAGUUAGCAGAAACCCCUCAAGCUGUCUCUACAGAACUUAAACAAAAACCUCGAAGAGGCCGAAAACCAUCAUCAAACCCAAACAAACGGAAGAGAAGCAAAGCCUUAGUCGAGCAAGCUUCUGGGAAGCCAGUGAAGAUCCACAAAAAACCUGGGCCAAAACCUGGGAUGAAAGAUGCAAUUGAGGUCAUUGAGGCAGUUGUAAGGGCAGCUGGGUGUGAACAGGACAAAAAAGAGGAACAAGAAAAAGAAGAAAGGGAAAGAAGGGGACUAGAGAACACAGAAGGAGAGGUUAGUACCAUUGGUCCUGUAUUGACCGUUACAGAAAAAAACAUGGAGGUCAUCUCUGUGAAAAGAAUCAGGAGGAGACUACUCAACAGAAAUUCCAAACUGUCUUUUUGUCCUUAUGUAAGGAUCAGCAAUUCAAGAGACUUUUCCUCUUGGUGUGCAAUAGUUAACAAGCCUGAAGAUGCUGUUGUUUUUCAGAGACGCAGAAAAAAGGGCAUACUUAGAAUGAGGAAUCCUUUCACGGUUGCUAAAGCAGUGCCGCACUCCUCUGCCAUGCAACUUGGACCAUUGGUAAACACAAAUCGAGCUGAUGUAUGUCUUACCUGUUGCUUGUGUGGGAAACCACCAAACUACAAAGGCCUGGGUGAUCUGUGUGGUCCCUACUACACAGAAGAUAGUAUUCCACGGAAAAUUCUGACCAUCCAACACACGCAACUCUUCAGGGAAGACACCAACAAGACAGAUGGGAAUGAUAGUGGUUGCAGCGAAGAACCAGGUACCUCCUCGAAGACUGAAGAUACAAUGAAUUCUGAAAAGGAGGGAAAUACAGAAACUUCUGAAGAGGCUGGCCACAGCAGGCACCAUCUCCGACAUUACCGGCGGCUAGCAAGGCGGGUAAGAUCAGGUCAGGAGGCUGGUCUGAGAAGACUUACGCUUAGAGAGAGAUUCAGAAGAAUGAAGCAGCUUCAGAACCUCUGCACCGCCACUUCAAAAGAGCAAGAGGACAAUGAAAGCACGUUCCAAAGGCUACAAAUGCAAGCAGUAGCAAAUGAGCAUUGGGCACAUGAAAACUGUACCAUCUGGACCAAGGGGAUAAUUAUGGUAGCUGGAAGGUUAUAUGGAUUGAAGGAAGCUGCCAGCAAGUCAGCUCAAACGAGCUGUCAAAAGUGCCAGAUUUCAGGAGCAUCCCUCAGCUGCUGUUGGAGAGGCUGCUCUUAUAGGUAUCACUACAUCUGCGCCAAGGAGAUAGGCUGCACAUUCCAUGAGGAUGAUUUUUCCAUCAAAUGCCCAAAACAUGAGGACCUGUAAGAUAUCUCAGUAUUUCACCUUCACUAUCAAUAUCAUCAUUCUGCCACUUAUCCCGCAAGCCAAAAAUGCUGCAAGAACUGCAGUGAUGAAUGAGAAUAGGCACGAUGGCCAGAGGUGGUGUCAAGGUGUGGAGCCAGGAGCGGCUCCUAUCCUGGAGAGCUGAACAGCUGCUUCCUGGAAACAGUCCAUCACGAUAAGGCAGGCAGUGGUAACACUGUCUAUGUGGGGGAGGAGCUUCUGCAAGGACCCUAUUGCAAACUGCUGGACAUGCAGAGCGAGGAACAUGUGUGUAUGCACGUGUCCGUCCUUCAUUCGGAUGGAUUCCUAUCAUCCUCAGAAAACUGGGCAGGAACGACCCUUGGUUGCCUCACCAAAGGGGCCAACAGGAUCCAAUCCACACGUUAUCAUUGUGCAUAAGUGAUGACCAUUGCAUACUCAUUCCACAGCCCCACCCUCACCAUGUGUUUGUGUUUAAAUAUGUGUCUGAGUGCAGAAGUGCAUCUUCAGCGCCCGAUAUCGUCUAAAAAAAUAUAUAUAGAUAAAAAAAAAAUGUACCAAGUGUCAAACAUGAUGGCGGUUGCAUCAUAAUGUUGGGCUGUUUCAUGACUAAAACAACUGUUACAGAAAAUAGACAAAAAAAUACAGCAACCAACCACUGGAUGUACUAUCUCAAUGUUUGCAUUUGUGUUUGGAACAAGAGACAAAGCUAAAAAUAAAUGAGGAAACUGUAAAUGACGUGCUUUCCAGGUUCCAAGGGGAAAAAAAAUGUAUUUUAAUAAAAUGCUCUUAUCUUUAAAGGUGUGUAUUGAUGUGCAUUAUGACUAGGCAACAUCAUUGCGUCACCCUUGGUAUAUGUCAAACUUUGUGUUACUCAGAAAUUAAAAUAUAUAAAUAUAUACGAAAAAAAAGCAUAAAAAAACAUGAAACCUGUUGAGUUUGAUUCAACUAUGUAAACAUUCAGUAAAUACAGCAGAAUUCAUCAUCAUACCAGAUCAAAUGAGGACUCGGAUUAUGGACACAGAGUCAGUUUCAUCCCACUUCAAGUCAAUGUACAGCUCAGAAAUAUCCGAAUAUGUGUAAUUAAUCCGCAGCUACGCAAAGAGACGCUCCACCUGUCUGUCUGCGUAUGGAAAAUGUAGCCUCUUCUUCUCUCUGCUGGGCAAUAUAACGUUGCACUGCGCAGAGAGGCAUUAAACGUUCUAGUCAUAUCAGAAAGAGAUAUUUAAGUAUUAAAGCAGAAAAGAAAGUGCAAAAACGGCACACCAAACGUUCUCUUUUUUCAAAGCUCAUUAUUUAAUGGUGUACAGAAGUAUUUGAUGCUGUUUAAAUGUAAGAUGUGAUGUACUAAUAUAAUUGUGUAUAGUAUUUCUUAGAGAUGUUUAUUUUCUAUAAAAUGGAAUACGUUAUUGCUUAUAAAAUGUUAUUAAAAGAAUCCAUUGAUGAUACAAAACAAAAACAAAAAAAAAAACAAAGAAGAAAUCCCUUUUUUUGGAAUGUCACUUGUCUUAAGUGGAAGCAUGCCGUUUUCUUGAUUUUCAUGUCUGUUUGUUUUGGACUCGACGACACAGCAUCACUUUGUUUGAAAUGUUUUUUGUAACGCCAAUGUUAAAUAUACCAGCACCUUUCAAUGCUGCUACAACCAA